CGUCCUCUUCCCCCUCCCUCCGGUCCUGCGCAACCAGAGAGGGGCGGAGCCAGCGUGGGCGGUGCAUGCCAGACGCCCCAGGGGGAGCUAUCCCGGCGGGCCGCGCGCGCGGCCGCGUUUGAAUGGCCGCGAGUGGAGCUCGGCCCGGGAGCCGAGGGACGCUCUAGGCUGCCGGGCGCAGUUGGUCAGCGCCGGGGCUGGGCUGAGACGCCGCGGUACCAUGAGGCGCCGGUAUUUAAGAGAUUAUGGCAUCUGAAACCCACAAUGUUAAAAAACAGAACUUUUGUAAUAGUAUUGAGGAUCAUUACAUUGAUCUUCCUAGAAAAAGGAUCUCUAAAUUCACUAAUAAGAACAUGAAGGAGGUUAAGAAAUCUCCAAAACAGUUGGCUGCUUACAUAAAUAGAACAGUUGGACAAGCUGUGAAAAGCCCGGAUAAACUACGUAAGGUGAUUUAUCGUAGAAAGAAAGUUCCUCAUCCUUCUCCAAAUCCUUGUUACAGAAAAAAACAGUCCCCUAAAAGUGGGGGCUGUGACAUGGCAAAUAAAGAAAAUGAACUGGCUUGUGCAGGCCAUCUGCCUGAAAAAUUACGUCAUGAUAGUCGAACCUAUUUGGUUAACUCCAGUGAUUCUAGUUCUUCACAGACAGAAAGCCCAUCAUCAAAAUAUGGUGGGUUUUUUUCUGAGGUUUCUCAGGACCAUGAAACAAUGGCACAGGUUUUGUUCAGUAGGAAUUUGAGAUUGAAUGUAGCUUUAACUUUCUGGAGAAAGAGAAGUAUAAGUGAACUUGUAGCUUAUUUGGUGAGGAUAGAAGACCUUGGAGUUGUGGUGGAUUGCCUUCCUGUUCUUACCAAUAGUUUACAGGAAGAAAAACAAUACAUCUCACUUGGCUGCUGUGUAGACUUGUUGCCUCUAGUAAAGUCACUACUUAAAAGCAAAUUUGAAGAAUACAUAAUAGUUGGUUUAAACUGGCUUCAAGCAGUCAUAAAAAGGUGGUGGUCAGAACUAUCGUCCAAAACAGAAAUUAUAAAUGAUGGAAAUAUUCAGAUUUUAAAACAACAAUUAAGUGGAUUGUGGGAACAGGAAAACCAUCUUACUUUGGUUCCAGGAUAUACUGGUAAUAUAGCUAAGGAUGUAGAUGCUUAUUUAUUACAGUUGCAUUGAGACACUUCAUCUACUAAAGAGCAUUUGAUUAUUCAAAACAUCCCUGGACUAUAUGAUUUCCCCAAAAAUCUUAUCUGAGAACUGUGAACUGUGGAAGAAAUCAAAAUCAUUUUUUUUAAAGCCACAUAAUGAAACCACUAACAGAACCCUAGCAAUCUACUUCACAUUGAAGUGGAAAAUAUCCAAAAGGAGCAGCUUCAACUUCAGUGAGGUGAAAGUGCACUACAAAGAUUGUUUGCCUUUGCUGCAUUUGGGAUUUAUAUGGUUAUUUGGUAACAUUGUUUGAAAACUACUGGGUCUUAAUGCAAUCCUGCAUAAGAAUAUAAUUUAUACUAUGUGAAAAAAUAAGACAGGACUUAUUACUAGGAUCUACAAAGACCAAUCAUCAUUACUUUUUUUAAGACUGUAUUUUAUAAGAAAACACUUAAAUGUGUGCAGCUAUUUUCUUAUUUUGAAAAGACUUUGAAAGUUUAAAACAUCAUGGCAAAUAAUCAAUACUAAAAGUUUUUUGUCCACACUGAGAUACUGUGUAUACAAAAUGCCUUAAUUAUUAAUAAGCCAAUGUGUAUGAUACCAAUAUCUGUUUAAAAAAAAUUAAAACCAACCAUGCUUCUGGCAUGAUAAAAUCAUGGAAUUAAAUCAGGGGUUUCCAUUCAUGUAGAAUGUUGUUGUUAAAACUUAUUCCACAUCAUUUUUAAAACUUGGGAUUAUUUUUAGUAUCUCUGAUUUUUUUUUGCCAGAAUCAUCAUGUCAUGUGUGUAUGUGUUAUUCCUAUAUAAAAGAAAAAGGUGAAUAUGUAUUUGUAUGAAUGCUUAACUGGAAAUGUUCAUGGAGUUGGCUAAUUUAUAUUCACUUUUUAUUGUGUACAGAUUUCUAAUAUUUUCAGUUCUGUAUCAUUUAAGCUUCCUUCAUUUGAGUAAAUUCACUAAAUAUUUCUAUUUUUUGCUUUUUUUAAUUCUUAUUUUAUAUGAAUUCUAAUUCUUUUUCACUACAUAUGUUUUAAAGAAUUACAUACAAUGCUUUAGAAAUGUUUACAGUUAGUGCUGACCUUAUAUUUUAAAUUCCAAUACUUUACAUUACUACCUCCUCCAAUGGUUGGUAUGAAAUGCCAGCACACUGAGGUCUUUUUUUUAAAUACCAUUUUUAGUGUGAGUGAAGUCACUUCUGGAAUGUCUUAAGAGCUGUAUAUCUUACCUAUCUUGAAAGUGAUUAGGGUUUAAAUACUACUAUUGGUUCGUACAUCAUCUAAUUUUAAUGAGCCUGAGAGGCAUCUAAGCAAAGAUUUUUAGUAAUCAAAUUUCUAUGCAGUAAUCCUUCAAGUGCUUGAAUGUAAAUCUUGAGCAUUGACCCAAUCAGUGACUACUGAUGAGAAUCCCAAACAAGCAUCUUUCUUGCUUUAAAAAUGUUGUCUUUCACUGAGUUCUCUUUUUGUGCAGAUAUAUUUCGUAUAGCUAUGGAUUCCUCACAGUGAACAUCAAUUGUAGUAAUUGGCUGUUUUCUUAAGUCUUUAGAUUAGAAUAAUUUCAGAUUACUGCACUUCUGUGAUUUGAGAGUUGAGUUAUUUAAGAAGUUGUUUUUCAGGAGGUGGGAAUUUGAAUGGUAAACCUGUGUCAUCUCUGUGAAACCUUACGAUGAUGAAAUAUAAUCUUUCUUUGUCCU